AUGGAUUCAGAAGGCGAUCGAUCAUCCCCAGAUCCCGCCCAAACCGACGACAAUGCCUCACAACCGCACAAGGACAAGAGUUCACGACCGUCGGCUCCCUCACGCGCCUCAACCUUUGGACCGAAAUGUUGGAUAUGUAUGAGCGACAAAAGCGAAGACGAUCCGGACAACCCUCCAAUAUGGCGCUCGCCGUGCUCCUGCAGUUUGACUGCCCAUGAGGCAUGCUUAUUAGACUGGGUGGCAGACCUCGAAAAUCCCAAGAACAAAACCAAGAACUCUGGACAUAUUCUAUGCCCUCAAUGCAAAUCUGAAAUCAGGAUAUCAAGACCAAGAAGCUACGUGGUGGACAGCUACCGAGCACUUGACCGAACACUGGGAAAGCUGGUCCUGCCGGGAUUGGGUCUAUCUUUUGUGGGCACACUAUGGGCUGGGGCAUGGUUCCAUGGAUUUCAGUCCGUCUAUUUGGUGUUCGGUCAUGACGAUGCGAGUCGGGUUUUCAGAUACGCCAUACAACGGAAUGAGUUUGCUUGGAUGUACAGCCUGAUACCGGUCAAUCUGAUCCUCGCCCGCACCGACUAUGCCGACUUUGCCCUCCCCGGCAGCAGUUUGAUCCUCCUUUCCACCCAGAUUACAGACAAGUUUGACAUUGACAUGACGAUAUGGCCGCCUCUACCCAGCACAGUAUUUGCUUGCUUACCUGCUAUGAGAUCGGUCUACAACUGGUGUUACUACAAGGCAUUCUCUAAUCUCAACCACAAAUGGUUGGCAGAAGUACAACCCAGACAAAACGAACAGGGCGAAGGAGCGGGAGAAAAUGGUGGCAACGUUAAUGAGGACGAGAUGGAAGAAGUAGUUGUGGAUGGCGACCUUGUCCUACAGAUUGAUGUCAAUCUCAACGACGAAGGAGAGGGUGAAGACGGUGACGAUGGGCAGGCCGCCGUUGCCGGGAAUGGAGGAAAUGUCCAGGGCCAACCAGAGAAUCAUCACGUUCGCCGGAUACUGGGCCGCCACGAUCUUGUUGAUGGCAGUGGCAGCAUCGGACAGACCGUCCUGGGGGCGUUAGUGUUCCCGGCAGUGGCCGCAGGGAUGGGCAAUCUCAUUAGCUGUGUUUUGCCGUCAUCAUGGUUGACUUAUCGCAAUUACACGAAUGCUUUAAUCCGCUUCUUCCUCCACCACCCGACCACUCUCACACCACGGCCACUGCGCUUUUCGCGCAACAGAUACCUGCGCCACUGGACGAUCGCCCGGGCAUGGAACCUCUAUCGACAUAACCUGAAGAAGUCGCGCGAACUCGAGCUGGAGCGUCAAUACAAUGCCAUGCGCGACGCGAAUGAAGAACUCCGCGUCGGGGCCGGCGACGGGGGCCGCCUGUUCAGGAAGGCCCAGAUGAAGACCGGCGUCUGGGGUAUUGGCGGGCCGGCCACCGGGACUUCCGGUGCCUCGGGGCCAGGAGGGAGAGCAAAGGGAGGUGUGCCAAUCGAGUAUGCGCGAGGUUUGGUGGAGUGGGUGGGUAGUACAGGCGGGUUGGGUGCCGGAGGUGAAGAGGGUGCCGCUGAAGGAGGUGGCAUGUCUGCGUCGCAACAGAAGGUGCCGCAAAGAGACACGAACUGGGUCUAA